GUCAGAGAAAUCCAAAGGAAAUGGGCAGUGCACUAUCUUCUUCUUCCCCCAAAACUCGUCCGACUGCAAAGUUAAUACUGGAUGAUGGUGCGCUUCGAGAAUAUGAACAUCCAGUGAAGGUAGCUCAAGUUUUAAACGAAAGGGGAAGGGAAACCUUCGUCAUCUGCCUCUCUGACUCCAUCAAUUUUAACCAGUGUUUAACCCCUCUUCCUGCACAGGACGAAUUGCAGCUGGAUCGCCUCUAUUUUCUCCUUCCACUGACAAAAUUGAAAUACACUUUAUUGCCUUCUGAGAUGGCUGCCAUGGUCGUAAAAGCAGCUGCUGCCUUGCAAUCAAAACAGAACAAGCACAGAAAUAGCAGAAAACGGCGAGGUGCUAAAGUGAUGCAUGUGGUGGAGCCUGAAAUGGAUGGACACCAAAUUCAGAAAUCAGAUUCAUAUCAAUUUAAUCAAUUUGCAAUUUUGGCAGUGGAGUCGAAGCGCACAACAUCGAGAGGGAUGAAGUUCGACCGCAAGAAGCAUAAGCAGUCAUGGACAACCAAACUUGCCCCAAUACCCGAGGCCUUCGCUUAUUGAAUCAUUAUCUUCAUUCCACAACUUCUCCUCGGGAAUUUCCUUGAAUAUACAGCAAAAAUGGAUGCUGGUGUCCUCUGAGUUUCGGCCAUGGCAAAUAUGUGAAAAGCUUUGGAUCAGGAGACAGAGAUGAACAGAGUACCUUCCAAGCAGAGGAUGAUAGAAGAGAGGGCAAUAGUUUCCUACAAAUAUUCAAGGAAAAAUGAAAAUUAUGAGUGUGUUCAGGCUAAUUAAGGCAUAAUGGCAUCCUGCAAUUCUCUGCAGAUAUUUCUUA